AUGGACUAUCUGACCAAUCUGAGCCCACCAGCCCGCUGUCUGAUAGGUGGGGAUAUCAACGUACGGCAUGAUGCCUUUGAACCAGGGGCAGUGAAUCUGCACCGGGGCGGGGAGCUUGUCCAAUGGGCCAGUGAACAUGGGAUGGACUUUGUGGGAGAGAUAGGGGUUCCGACUCAUGCAGCAGGUCAUGUGAUUGAUCUCACCUUCUCCAAUGUGGCCUUUGCUUCCACUACAGUGCGUCAAGAUCUACACUGCGGCUCAGAUCACCAGUCUAUGAUCACUAUGCUGCCAACAACACCUCAAACACAGCUGAGUGAUGCUCGGAUCAAGAUCACAGACUCUCAGCUGGAGCCCUUUGCAGAUCUUGUCAGAGGUCUCAUGGUGGACAUGCCUUGCCCAGAGGGGGUUGGAAAUGUGGCACAGCUUGAUGAUCUGGCCCAGCACUUCACUCAGAGUCUUCUGGCUGCAGCUCAGGCAGUCAGUAAGCCAGCUCAACAAGGGCGGACCACAGCCCCCUGGUGGACAGCAGACUGCCGAAGAGCGCACCGAGAGCUCACUACUCACCAGACAGAGGCCGCGAAGCACCAGUUCAAGGAUGCAGUGCGCAAGGCCAAGCGUGCAUACUGGAGGCAGGUGAUCAAUGAGGCCAGAGAUGGUAGAGACCUGUACCGGGUGGUGGCAUGGCAUAAGCUGGAACCCAACCUCAGAGCACCCCCUCUGGUGAUUGGGGAUCAGGUCAUAGAAGAGACAGCCGCCAAAGCUGAGGCACUUCAACAAGCAAUUCUGAAGCGAUACAACUCAGCUGAUGAUCUGGAGUAUGACCCACUGGAUGAUGAGCACUGGAGCGGCAUGGGCAGCUAUACAACUGCUGCCUCCGGCUCUGCCACUUCCCACGAGCCUGGAAACUGGCAGAGUUUCCUCACUGAACGCAGAGCUCAGGUCCGGCUGGAGGGGACCACCACAGCAGCACAUCAGAUGCAAUGUAGCACACCACAGGGGUCUCCUUUGUCACCAAAACUGUUCCUUCUGUACCUGGCAGAGCUGCUGUGGCAAAACUCGGAGUUGCGCUUUGGCUAUGCGGAUGAUCUGAACAUCUGGCGGGCGACCCACUCACUUGACAACAAUGCCACCCUUCUCAGACAGGAUAUACAGAGUAUUCUGAUGUGGGGGGAGAUAAACAAGGUGGCCUUCGCACCAGAGAAACUUGAGAUGAUCCAUCUUACAAGAAAGCGACACAAUGAGGCACCAGCAGUAGUUGUGUCUGAGGACCUCACUGUUCACCCUGUUACUGCCCCAGCUGGACAGGAGCCAGCACUUCGCUGGCUGGGUGUACACUUCGACAGAAGGCUCACCUGGAGACCACAUGUCUCCACCCGGGCAAAGAAGGCAAGGGCCGUGGCCCAGCACAUCCGGAGUCUGGGAAAGACCAGAGACGGGCCCCCAGCAGACGCUCUGCGGAAGGCGGUCACCACCUGCGUGGUUCCCUCACUGCUCUAUGGCACAGAGGCCUGGUACGGCGGCCGCACGCAGCCAGCAAGGCACACGGGCAGGAGUGGGGAGGUUAGCUCCCGCCUGGGAUGGCAUGGGGGGACAGUUGAGAAGGUGCUUACUAUGGCAGCCAGAGGGGUCCUCCCAGUUUUCCGUACAACGCCCAUCGCUACCCUAUACCGGGAUGCUGGGCUCCCAUCAGCAAUGGUAGCUCUGGAGGAGGCCAAAAUGCGAUUCGCGACAAGGCUUCAGGUGGUGGAUGAGAAGCACCCACUGGCUUCACGGAUAGCACCUCCAAUGAUCACACGAGGAAGAGGGGCUGGAACCCGGCAGCGCUCAAAGACCAAGAUCCAGCGGUUGGGGGCGCUGCUACCUGCAGUCAAUAGACCCACACUUGCCAUCCCACACUACUCAGAGGGAUGCGGGACAGACCCCACAGAGGGUGUAGACAAAAAGAGUGCUGCUCAGGCAUUCAAGAAAUGGUGGAGAAGUCAACCCUCAACAGAUCUAUAUGUUUUCUCAGAUGGAUCAGAACGGAGCCUUGACAACAGCAGGCAGGUGGGCUAUGGCUUCAUAGUCUAUCAGGGAAAUAAACAGCUGGCCAGCUUCUCAGCUGCGCUGAGCCCUAUGUCACAUGUGUUCGACGCUGAGGCAGUUGGUGCCUGCCGGGCAUUAGAGUGCGCUGUGAAGCUCCUACCUUGUGUCACAGAGGACAGCAGCAACCCUCAGAUCUGGCUCUGCCUCGACAACACCUCAGUCAUCUGGGGCAUUCUGGGCAGUGCAGCAGCCUCCUCAAACUGGGCCUACAACCGCUGCCAUGAGCUCCUCAGACAGCACAAUGUCGGCCUGAAAUGGGCUCCUGGGCAUAUGGGGAUAGAGGGCAAUGAGGAAGCAGACCGCUUGGCUAAGCGGGCAGUCUCAUCCACUGCAGCCCCAGCCUAUGGUCUCGAGGCCACACCCACAGUCAGUGGGGUCCGCACAGUGGCCAAGCAGCUCAGCCAAGAGGCAAGGCGAAAGUGGUGGAGUGGAGCCUGUGGCAGGCUCUCUGACUGGUACCGGGGCUGGAGUUUCAGCAGGCCGACUGUGGAAUACCAAGUGAAGGCCCCUCCGGAGCUCACCAUGCCACGGCAUGCCCUUCACCGCUGGCUCGCACUCCGCUCCUCUCAUGGGGACUUCUCCUGGUACCACAGGCGUUUCCAGCAUGCAGAUGCGAGGCUCACCUGUGUCUGUGGACACAACAAGAGCCCAGAACAUUUGGUGCUCUGUCGACACUCACAGAGGCACUUUCUUCACUGGCCCAAGAGGCCAGCAGCACGGCCACACAACCGGGCGACAGCUGUUGCCUAUCUAGGGUCUCUGACCCCUACAGACUUUGUAGAACUGCUGGACUGCACGCAGUUCUACACACGGUACUGCACAAGGUAA